GAAUCAGCACCAACCGGGACUACAGGUCCCACAAUGCCAAGGCAUCGGGUCCGGUGAAGGGACAUGAUAUCAUCCUUGGAGUGUGGAGAGGACGUUUGGCGGCGGCGACGGCGACGGCAAGGCAACGGCGGCGGCGGCAGCGGCGGCGGUUUAGCCGGAAGUCCCUUUUCGGGGAGUGAGGGAGUCCUGCAGUACGCAUAACAGCGAAGAUUUCAAUAUGAAGCUGUACUGUUUAUCAGGACACCCAACUCUACCAUGCAAUGUGCUCAAAUUCAAGUCUACUACCAUCAUGUUAGAUUGUGGCCUGGAUAUGACUUCGACACUAAAUUUUCUUCCCCUACCAUUGGUUCAGAGUCCGAGGCUGUCUAAUCUUCCUGGCUGGGCUUUAAAGGAUGGAAAUACUUUCUUGGACAAGGAACUAAAGGAAUGUUCCGGUCAUGUAUUUGUAGAUUCUGUGCCUGAAUUCUGUUUACCAGAGACCGAGCUAAUAGAUCUGUCUACAGUAGAUGUGAUCCUCAUUUCAAACUAUCACUGCAUGAUGGCGUUACCUUACAUCACUGAGCACACCGGUUUUACUGGGACAGUAUAUGCUACAGAACCUACUGUGCAAAUUGGAAGGCUUCUUAUGGAAGAAUUGGUAAAUUUCAUUGAAAGAGUGCCAAAGGCUCAAUCUGCCUCCUUGUGGAAGAAUAAGGAAGUACAAAGACUGUUACCUGCUCCUCUCAAAGAUGCAGUGGAAGUUUCAACUUGGAGAAGGUGCUACACGAUGCAAGAAGUGAACUCUGCACUCAGUAAAAUCCAGCUUGUGGGCUAUUCUCAGAAAAUUGAGCUUUUUGGUGCAGUACAGGUGACACCCCUUAGCUCUGGAUAUGCACUUGGAAGUUCCAACUGGAUUAUUCAGUCACAUUAUGAGAAGGUGUCUUAUGUGUCUGGCUCUUCCUUGCUUACUACACAUCCCCAGCCAAUGGACCAAACUUCUCUCAAAAAUAGUGAUGUUCUCAUUCUGACAGGACUCACCCAGAUCCCAACAGCAAAUCCUGAUGGCAUGGUGGGAGAAUUUUGCAGCAAUUUGGCUCUGACAGUACGGAAUGGUGGUAAUGUGUUGAUCCCCUGUUAUCCAUCUGGAGUGAUCUAUGAUCUCUUGGAAUGCCUCUAUCAGUACAUAGACUCAGCCGGUCUUUCCAAUGUCCCCUUCUACUUCAUCUCUCCUGUUGCCAACAGCUCGCUUGAGUUUGCCCAGAUUUUUGCUGAAUGGCUUUGUCACAACAAACAGACCAAGGUGUAUCUCCCAGAACCCCCCUUUCCUCAUGCAGAGCUCAUUCAGACCAACAAACUGAAACACUAUCCCAGCAUUCAUGGAGACUUCAGCAAUGAAUUUAAACAACCAUGUGUAGUUUUCACUGGUCAUCCAUCCCUGCGAUUUGGAGAUGUUGUACAUUUCAUGGAACUUUGGGGAAAAUCUAGUCUCAAUACUGUUAUAUUCACAGAACCUGACUUCUCCUACCUAGAUGCACUGGCUCCUUACCAACCUUUGGCCAUGAAAUGUAUCUACUGUCCUAUCGAUACAAGGCUCAAUUUCAUUCAGGUGUCAAAGCUGCUCAAGGAAGUACAGAUGAGGAAACUGAGGCCAGAGAGGAGAAGGGACUCGCCCAAAGUCGCACAGGUACCCCUCCACGUGGUGUGUCCAGAGCAGUAUACCCAGCCUCCCCCUGCACAGGCCCACCGCAUGGACCUCGUGAUUGACUGCCAGCCCCCUGCCAUGUCCUAUCGGCGUGCCGAAGUGCUGGCCCUACCCUUCAAGCGCCGCUACGAGAAGAUUGAGAUCAUGCCUGAGCUUGCAGAUUCAUUGGUGCCCCUGGAGAUUAAGCCUGGCAUUUCCUUAGCAACUGUUUCCGCUGUGUUGCACACUAAAGAUAACAAGCAUGUUCUUCAGGCUCCUCCUAGGCCCAUCCAGCCCCCAGCCAGCAAGAAGAGGAAGCGAGUGAGUGAUGACAUCCCAGACUGUAAACUUCUAAAGCCUCUCCUAAGUGGCUCCAUCCCUGUGGACCAAUUUGUUCAGACUUUGGAGAAGCAUGGCUUCAGCGAUGUCAAAGUGGAGGACACAGCUAAAGGACACAUCGUCCUCCUCCAGGAGGCCGAGACUCUUAUCCAGAUUGAAGAAGAUUCCACCCAUAUCAUCUGUGACAAUGAUGAGAUGCUCAGGGUUCGGCUUCGGGACCUCGUGCUCAAAUUCCUACAGAAAUUCUAAAUUAAGGGGAUUGCAUUAGAUUACCUCUAAGGUCACUCCCAGCUCGAGGAUUCUUUGAAAACUCAGGUUAUUUCUGCCUUAGUGAGUCACUAACAUGGCUUCCAACAUAAGGAUAACCGAGAAAACCCCAUCCUGAGGAAUCCUUGAUUCCCAUGUCACUUUGUUGUUUGUGCCACAGGGCUCAGAAAUCAGUGGAGAGUCUUCAUAUUGUCUUUCUCCUUGGUUUUUAACAAGGUCCUCUUUUAUUCUCAAAUCUGACUUGAGUAUUGAGGAAAAUGGAUGUUCCUGAGAGUUGUCGUCUGGGUUUGAUGCACAGAAACAGUCCUCCCUGCACUUCUACCACUGCUUCAGGGAGAUAGAUGCCUUUGGUUAAAUUCUAGACUUUCCAGUUUGGGUUUCCAAGUAAUCCAAAUAUAAGGCAAUAGGUUGUUCAUUGGUUGCAGUGACCAGUGGCAAAAACCUAGUGGACAGAUAAGGUGUCUAGACCAUCUUUUGUUUAUUUUCAAAAUUUUGCUUGUCUAGGAAAGGAGAAUUCUUCUGUUUGGCAUUAUUUGUUUGCUUCUUUUAUUGCCUUUCCCAGAGAACUGAAUCAAAAGAUAUCUUUUCAAGAAAAAACUGAAAAUAAACCACACCAAUCUUUAUCUUAUUUUUAAGAAACCUCCUUUUAAAUAAAAGGUAGUUAUUUUUGCCAAAGUA